GUGGUGGUGGGCCUCAUGGAGGAGGAGAGCCCGAGAUCCGGUCCCCUCCACGUGAUCCGCGAGGGGGACUGCGCUGUGCUCAAGCGGAACGAAGUCUUCAAGGCGGUGGCUGUGGUGAAGCGAAGAAGGCUGUUCUCUACUAACAUUUCACAAAUGCAGGGUUUUUUUGUUUUGUUUUGUAAUUCCUAAGAAACCAAGGAAGCAGGUACAGAUAACCGGAACAUAAUCGACGAUGGGAAGUCUCAGAAACUGACUCAUGAUGAUAUAAAGGCUUUGAAGGAUAAGGGCAUUAAAGGACAGGAAAUAGUUCAGCAGCUGAUAGAAAACAGUGCCACAUUCAGAGACAAGACAGAAUUUGCCCAAGAUAAAUACAUAAAGAAAAAGAAGAAAAAGUAUGAGGCAGUUGUUACAAUCAUUAAGCCAUCCGCCCGAAUUCUGUCAACAAUGUAUUAUGCAAGAGAACCAGGAAAAAUCAACCAUUUACGGUAUGACACUCUAGCCCACAUGUUGACUUGGGGAAACGUCCAUGCCGGGAACAAGAUGAUCAUAAUGGAAACCUGUGCAGGAUUGGUGCUGGGUGCAGCCAUGGAACGGAUGGGGGGUUAUGGAUCCAUCAUUCAGAUGUACCCUGGAGGUGGAGCCGUUAGAGCAGCCACAAACUGUUUUGGGUUUCCAGAAUCCUUUUUCCGGACACUUUACGAGUUCCCUCUCAGCAAAGUGGGGAGUCUUCUCUCCGGAACAUUUUCUGUCAAGGCGUUGCCUUCGGAGACCGAGGGGAGUGCACUGCCAGCAGAAGAAAGCAACGGGUCACUGGAUGAAAAGCAGCUUUCCGUACAAGAAGCAGAUAUGGAGUGCGGUACCGACCCAGUGACGGAGUCUGGUCUGCCUGACGAACAAGAAAUGGUGGAUCUUCCCACUGAUGGGGGGGCAUUGGAGGAUGAUAAAGCAAAAGGAGCUAUGCGUGACAAGCAAAGGAAACAAGAGGAAAGGAGGAAAAGGCUGAUAGACGCCGCAGCUUUGUUGAAAGACAAAGAUGCCGAUGGCUUAAUUGUAGCCAGUCGAUUCCAUCCAGCGCCUUUAUUGCUCCCGUUAUUAGAAUUUGUUGCUCCCUCGAGGCCUUUCGUCGUCUAUUGCCAAUAUAAAGAGCCUUUAUUGGAAUGCUACACAAAACUGAGAGAGCGGGGUGGUGUCGUUAAUCUGAAGCUUUCUGAAACCUGGUUACGCAACUAUCAGGUCUUGCCGGAUCGAAGUCACCCCAAGUUGACCAUGAGUGGUGGAGGAGGGUACCUGUUGACAGGCAUCACUGUAAUAAAUGAGAACCCGAAAACUGAUGACCGCGCAGAACAGAGAACUGAAGAACCAACAUCCAAGAAACGUAAACUUGAAGAGCCCUUAGCACUUAAAGAAGAUGUUGUCCUUUAAUUCCUUCGGACCCGAAUCGCCUUGUGUUCUAUUGCUCGCUGUAUUUGAGAGCACUGAAAA